AUGGAGCACCAACAACACUACUUUGCGGGCCAGGAAGCCUUCCCUCCUCCACUUCCCAACCACCUCUGCCCUAGUUACUCUCCCGCUCUCACCACGAUGGAGCAAUUCACUGCGGACCUUUUGCGCAUGGACGAAGAACAUCUCAAGCAUCGCAAGCCAUCUACACCUGGAAUCCCAUCUACACCUGAAACCCCAUCUACACCCGAAGUCCCAUCACCAUCAGAAAUCCCAUCUGUACCCGAAGUCCCAUCACCAUCGAGAAAACCAUCAGAAAUCACAUUUUUUCCCGACGAUGAAUUACCCAGCGACUACACCAUAUGGGGCACCAUGAGGACCUGGUAUCGACGACUCUCCCGACGAAGCAGCCGGGGUAGCGACGUCAGUCUUUGA